AUGUUAUUCUAUGUGCUUUUGGGAUUUGCGUGCCUUUUGGAAAGUCAAGUUCUUGGCCAGAUAACUCCAGCGACAUGUGCCCCUAAACCGGACAAUGUCUCGAAUGGACUCGCAAUGGGACCGGCUCUGAAUGGGUAUUGCGUGGGUGGGAUGACUUGUUACACCGAUAACAACAAAAUGACAUGCUAUCUGAAUGAAUUCGGCAAUUGUCCAUUGAGGCCAGCAAGUGUGUCUCGUGAAGCAGCCAUUAGCCCCUAUCAAACGGGCAAUCUGCAGAUGAACUGCCCAACCGGGUCCACUUGCUACAUCUCCGAUGGAGUGAAACAGUGCUUUUUGCUCUCAUCCUCAUGUGAAGAUUUUGAUGGAAGUGAUCUUUGCUCGAUCUGGAAAAGCAAUGGCUACUGUGACUCGUCAGCUUCCCAACAAGAGAAACUGCGACAUUGUCGAAAGACGUGUGGACUCUGCAAUCUCACUCCGACCUGCUUGGAUCCCAAUCCUAAAGAUUGCAACGCGUGGGCUGCCAACGAUUUUUGUCGGAGUAUGUUUUGGACAUCGUCGGAAAAGGCUCAAUAUUGUCCCAGUUCGUGCAAUCGGUGCCUA